UGUACCAUCAUUAUCCGAGGACACCCAUCGUCCGAUUUGCUUAUGAAUCAGCCGGCUGUUGCUGUAACGUUAUUGGUAUAUGUUCUAUGCAUGUGUCAGUGUCCUUAACAUUUUCUGUGCCAAUGUGAAGACGGUGGGCAGCGGCGUCGACACACAGCUGACAUCGUCUCUUACGAGCAACAUCCGGAAUUGAAGGAGUUCUGUGCUAAUAUAAUCCCAUCGUUGUGCUAAGUUUCUUCCGCUCUUUGUUGUCUCUGGGCUGAUAGACAUUAGGCAUACGCGUGUCUUCCCAGACAAGCGAAAUUCACUUGUGGCCGACAUUGGUAGUGGGAGAUUUUCCCGGGAGGAUUGUACACGGCCUUCCUGUUCCAGUUUAGCUGCACGGGCAUGUAGCCAGCUGGAUUGAUUCGAGAUUUGAUCAUAUCGUACCGAAAUAAUUUCCUUAGAUAAUACUUUAACUGGAGCGGCUCUGCUCUGCGAUUUUGCUCGUCCAAAGGUGGAAAUUGCUGAGUUCAGUUAGAUCGCGGAAAAUGGCAUCGACUGCGUAUAUUCUGGUAAUCCUUGCCCUGUUGGUCGCCAGUGAAGUUAGCCGAGGCGCAGCUGUUCUCCAGGCUAACCGGGAUAUUGCUAAGGCGGUGCAGAAACGCAGUGUGCUUGGCAACAUUCCGCCAUGGAUGAAGUUGCUCCUUAACAUGCGCCCCGACGUCCCGGAGACGCCGGCAGCCGAUGCUGUCUCGGUUAUCAGCACCUCCGACCACGAAGACGCACCCGUUCAACCUCCUCCUGCCGCGGCCGCGCUGACGCCCUACUUCCGUCCACGCACCAACCACUGUUAUUUCCACACCGUAUCCUGCUUCGGCCGGCGACCCUCGCGACUCUUUCCCAGUAGCGGGCGGCGCUGAUGGGAUCCGUAAAAGAAAAUGAGAGUACACUGAGUGUACUCUCAUUUUGCUUAACUUUGUUCACCGCCCCUCGUAGUUCUCAUGGCAACCUUUGGGCAUGGAUAAGGUUGUA